CUCCAACGCUCGCGAGAGUUGCGCGCUCCUUUCGGUCCGCGAGCCCGUGGAUGAAUUCCAUCUGUAAAUUUGGUGGACUACAGCAAGUGGGGAAAAAGAGUGAAAUGCCGUCUAAAAUCUCUAUUGAAGACGCAUGUGAAGCGAUGGAAGGAGAGGUGGACUCCGCGGCACCGUGUAACUCCUCUGUGAAUAAGAUCAAAGAGGGCAAAAAAAAGAAAAAGAAGGAGCAAAUUAUGGACCAUGAAGACUGUGAACCUCCAGCACCCAAAAAGAAAAAGAAAAAGGAUAAACAAAAAGAGGACCACAUGAAUGAAACCACAGACUUAAAUGACAACCUUCAAAGCUCAACAAAGCAAAGUAAAAAAGAGAAAAAAAAGAAAAAAGAAAAAUCAAUCACAGAAGAAGAAAAUGGACAUUACCCUGUUAAUACUCCUGUCGUGACGCCUGUUCAAACACCAUCUCAUUCAAGUGUGGAGUCUGCCAGUGACAGUGAAAAGGAGGCUGUGGAAACACCAGAGCAGAGGGAAGGUGCCUUUUCAAACUUCAGAAUAUCUCAAGUCACCAUAGAUAGGCUGAAAGCUCGGGGUGUAUCAUACCUGUUUGACAUUCAGGUGAAGACCUUUGAUUCAGUUUAUGAUGGCGGGGAUGUAAUUGCUCAAGCCCGGACAGGAACAGGAAAAACCUUCUCCUUUGCUAUUCCUUUGGUGGAGAAGCUACAGAAAGAUGGUGCUGAUAAAACACGAGGCCGUGCCCCAAAGGUUUUGGUUUUGGCGCCAACCAGAGAACUGGCAAUUCAGGUUGCAAAAGACUUCAAAGAUGUUGCAAAGAGAGUGGCCAUUGCCUGUUUCUAUGGAGGGAGCUCAUACAACCCUCAGAUUGAUGCUAUUCGUAAUGGUAUUGACAUUUUGGUUGGGACACCUGGACGCAUCAAGGACCACCUUCAGAACCAUAAGCUGGACCUUUCAAAACUCAAACAUGUUGUACUUGAUGAAGUUGACCAAAUGUUGGACAUGGGAUUUGCGGAACAAGUUGAAGAGAUAUUGGCCACCUCUUAUAAAAAAGAUUCUGACUCCAAUCCGCAGACACUGUUGUUCUCCGCCACUUGUCCUGACUGGGUUUAUGAAGUGGCAAAGAAAUACAUGAGGCCCGACUGUAAACAUGUUGACCUGAUUGGCAAAAAAAUGCAGAAAGCUGCAACAACUGUUGAACAUCUGGCCAUCGCAUGUCACUGGUCACAACGGGCCGCUGUGAUAGGAGAUGUUAUCCAGGUUUACAGUGGCAGCCAUGGAAGAACCAUUAUCUUCUGUGAGACUAAGAAGGAGGCCAAUGAACUUGCAAUGAAUUCAUCAAUCAAACAGAGUUCUCAAUCUCUUCAUGGAGACAUUCCUCAAAAACAAAGAGAGCUGACGCUGAAAGGAUUCAGGAAUGGUGCUUUUGAGGUUCUUGUUGCGACAAAUGUUGCUGCUCGAGGUUUAGAUAUCCCAGAAGUAGAUCUUGUUGUUCAGUGUUCACCUCCAAAGGAUGUAGAGUCAUAUAUCCAUCGUUCAGGCCGUACAGGCCGGGCUGGCCGAACUGGAGUGUGCAUUUGUUUUUAUCAGAGAAGAGAAGAGGACCAACUGCGCUAUGUAGAAAACAAAGCUUGCAUCACAUUUAGACGAGUAGGUGUUCCAACUGCCAACGACAUCAUCAAAUCUUCCAGCAAGGACGCAGUCAGGUUCUUGGACUCUGUGCCUGUUGCAGCUAUUGGUUAUUUCAGGGAAUCAGCUCAAAGGCUAAUUGAAGAAAAAGGAGCCGUUGAGGCACUAGCAGCCGCCUUAGCCCAUAUUUCUGGAGCUACGAGUUUGGAGCAGCGUUCACUUCUCAACUCUGAUGCUGGAUACACAACUCUCCAGUUAGUGUGUUCACAAGAAAUGCACAAUCUUGGUUAUGCCUGGAGAAUGCUCAAAGAACAACUUGGAGAGGAGAUUGAGAACCAUAUUCACAGAAUGACAUUUCUGAAAGGAAAAAUGGGAGUUUGUUUUGACAUCCCAGCAGACAAAGUCAAGGAGAUUCAGGAGUCUUGGACGGAUGGUCGGCGCUGGCAAUUGACUGUAGCGACAGAGCUGCCUGAACUUGAGGAAAAACCAGGGAAUCGUGGCGACAGGGGGUUUGGUAAUGGUAAUCGUGGUGACAGAUUCGGAGGUUUCAGAGGAGGAGGAGGAAGAGGCCGGAACUUCAAGAACGGGGGCUUUCGAAACAGCGGUGGUGGCUAUGGCAACAACAGAGGAGGACAGAAACGUAGCUUCAGCCAAGCUUUUGAUUACUGAUCUGUGGAUUGAUAAUGUACAUUUGUGCUAACUUCAAUUAAACCUUUUUAUAGUCUCCCCAUUA